CCCGCCCCGCGCCUGAAAACCUCUCUGACAAGUGGCAAAGCGCUCGCAGAGCACGCUGCUCCCUCCGAAGGGCGGCUGGAAGGGGGCCCGCUUCGCACCCAGCCCCGCUGCCGGCCUGUGGCUCGCCGCCCCCUCUGCCGCGGGGUGGGUCGCGACCCGCUGCCGGCGGUGCGCCGUGCGGUGCGGGCUGCGGAGCGCCGCCGCUUCGCCUUCAAAGUGUGUCAGCCGGCUGCGGGCUUUGCUUCUACUUGCCGCGGUUUUUUUUUUUUUUCUUCUUUUAAAUAACUGUUUUGCCGUUUUGUCAUUUAUUUUUUUCCUACUUGGUUGCUGUUAUUUUUGUUAUCGUUGUUUGUAAACUAAUUGCCUCCAUGGGGGGCGGAGGAAAGGAAAUCAAAGCUGCCGCAGCUGAAGGGUGUACGAGCACGCUGGGGAAGAGCCGAGGAGCCGCAGGACAGGAUGGCAGCGGGAAGCCCGGCGGCAGCGGGAAGCCCGGCCUCGGGAAGCCCGGCUGCGGCGGGGACCGCUGCCCGCGGCGGGCCGGGCCGGUCGGCUCCGCGCUGGCCGCGCUCCUCUCGGCGCUGGCCGCGGCCUCCUGCGUCUACCUGGGGGUGCGGACCAGCGACCUCCAGGCCAGGGUCGCGGCCAUCGAAGGCGCCCGAGGGGGCUUCUCUGCCGCCGCCCCGCUCCCGCCGCUGCCCGGCUUUUCCUUGGAGCAGCUGAACGCGAUGAUGCAGGAGAAAGUGGAGCGACUUCUCGCCCAGAAAUCCUACGAGCACUUGGCCAAAAUACGAGUAGCGAGAGAAGCGGCUCCAGAGUGCAACUGCCCACCAGGUCCUCCAGGGAAAAGAGGUAAGCGGGGAAGAAGAGGAGAGACUGGACCUCCUGGUCAGCCUGGUCCUCAAGGCCCUCCUGGUCCAAAAGGCGAGAAGGGAGAUCAAGGUGAUCAGGGCCCUCGGAUGGUGUUUCCUAAAAUCAAUCAUGGGUUUCUCUCUGCUGAUCAGCAGCUCAUUAAACGCCGCCUCAUUAAGGGGGACCAAGGACAGGCUGGACCCCCUGGACCUCCAGGGCCACCAGGACCCAGAGGUCCCCCAGGAGACACCGGCAAAGAUGGUCCUCGUGGGAUGCCCGGCUUAACGGGUGAACCAGGAAAACCAGGAGAACAAGGAUUGACAGGACCUCAGGGGCCUCCAGGACAAAAGGGUUCUGUUGGAGUGCCUGGUGUUCCAGGGAGAGAUGGACAAGUGGGUGAACCUGGUUUGCCUGGCAUAGCAGGAGAGAAGGGAGAAGCAGGGCUCAAGGGUGACCCUGGAGAAAGAGGAGAGAAGGGGGAUGCUGGUGAGAAUGGACUGAAGGGUGACACAGGAGAAAAGGGUGACCCUGGCUCUUCUGCGGCUGGAAUUAAGGGUGAACCCGGUGAAUCUGGGAGGCCUGGACAGAAGGGUGAACCAGGCCUUCCUGGGCUUCCUGGACUCCCUGGAAUAAAGGGGGAACCAGGUUUCAUUGGUCCACAAGGAGAACCUGGGUUGCCAGGGCUGCCAGGAACAAAGGGUGACAGAGGAGAGGCGGGCCCUGUUGGGAAGGGUGAGCGAGGGGAACCUGGAAUCCCUGGACCAAAGGGGAAAACAGGUGAACCUGGAUCUAGAGGCCCCAAAGGGUCAAAGGGUGAUACAGGUGAGAGAGGUGACACAGGAUCUGCAGGUCCACGGGGACCACCUGGACAGAAGGGUGAUCAAGGUGCAACAGAGAUAAUUGAUUAUAAUGGCAAUAUCCAUGAAGCUCUGCAGCGGAUUGCCACCCUGACUGUCACGGGACCACCAGGACCACCAGGACCCCAAGGGCUGCAAGGGCCAAAGGGUGAACCAGGAUCCCCAGGAGUUCCAGGAGCUGAUGGAGAGCAGGGUCCUAAGGGCUCAAAAGGAGACUCAGGUGAUCCUGGAAUGCCCGGAGAAAAGGGAGGAAUUGGACUGCCUGGCCUACCAGGAGCCAAUGGCAUCAAAGGUGAAAAAGGAGACGUUGGUUUGCCUGGUGCCCAAGGUCCUUCAAUGAUAGGACCACCUGGACCACCAGGGCCACAUGGUCCUCCAGGCCCCAUGGGACCUCAUGGACUGCCUGGCCCUAAGGGCAUAGAUGGCCCAGUUGGUCCCCAUGGCCCUGCAGGUCCCAAAGGAGAGAGAGGUGAGAAGGGAACUGUAGGUGACCCUGGACCCAGAGGACCAUAUGGCUUGCCUGGCAAAGACGGCGAGCCUGGCCUUGAUGGUUUCCCUGGUCCUCGAGGAGAAAAGGGUGAUAUAGGAGAAAAGGGAGAAAAGGGAUUCCGUGGAAUUAAGGGGGAAAAAGGGGAGCCAGGCCAGCCUGGCCUGGAUGGGCUGGAUGCCCCUUGCCAAUUGGGUCCUGAUGGAUUACCAAUGCCUGGCUGUUGGCAAAAGUGAUGAAUCUAACCUUACAAGCAUGAAGUUGUGUAUAUAGUGCUCCACUUUUUUAUUUAUAGUUGAGAACUGAAAAUUUGAUUUUACAAGUCUGAGAUAUGUUUACAUGUAGCUGCUUCUACUUGUUUGCAAUAGUCCAUACAUACAUCUGUUUUUCACCUACAUCUGCAGUUAGAUGAUACAAUAACUGCAGGAUAAACCUGCAAAAAUUGUCUCUCUAAUGGGAGAGAACUCAAAAUAAUGAUCAGUAAUAGAAAUUAAUAUUUCUGUAAAUUCUUAUAUUUUGGCUUGUGGAUGUGCAUGGACAAUGAGUGCCAUGAACUAGUUUACAAGAAAUUGUGACCAAAUAAGAGCAAAAUGCUAUGAAAUGUACUGUACCAGCUGCUGUUGGAGUUUACUGACUUGGCUUCCAUGUCCAUCUUAAGCACGUCACUGAUCCAUGACACCGCAUCUGCCCGUGUGCACUAAAAGCAUGAGUGUGUGUGCCAGACCUGCCUGCCGUGUGAUCGUGAGUGGCUGCUGACGGUGGCCUUUGAUUCCAGCUUCUCAGUCAUUUCCUCUUGUCAUCUCAAGGGAGUCACACCAUGGCUCAUUGCUAAAAAGAGAUAAACCAGAGGAGCGUAGAGAGAGGCCUUGAAUUUUUGGGGAGUAGCAUUCCAGCUGCAGGUGGAUGGCUUCCAUUCUUGCGGGAUACUUGGCCCCUUGGAUCAGAGAGCGCCCCGCCUGUUGAUCAGCGUCGGUUUGCCUUGCACUGCUCACAGCCGUGAAGACAUUCACGAUAGGCCCUGUCGAGUCCUUCAUCGGGGGGACAGAAGAUUGAAGAAGAAACCAGACUUCUCUGUGGGUUGUUUGAAAAGGUUACAGAGGUGCUGCAGGGAUCAUUUGAUGGCAGACACCGCCUGAGACCAGACGCUUCUCAGCCUCACUCGAGGACGAACAGAGUGUAUGCACUCUGCACGUUGUAUUUUGGGACUGCUGCAGGAGAAAGCACUCUUGAGGUGGGGAUGAAUCAGAUCAUCCUCCAGAGGAGGAUAACAGUGGAACUGACCUGAGAUGUAUGUAUCAUGGUGUGGUUUUCAGGUUAUUCACUUUGAAUUACACAUAACUAGCUGAACUUCUCUACGGGAAUUUGGAAGCAAGGCUUGGUUUUGUUUCCUUUUCCUGUUUCUGUUGCCAUAAAGAAUGCAUUUCAAUAAUCUAUUCAACAUUUGUGAUGACGGCAUUGAAGAAAAUACUUUCAAGCCACAUAUUCGUCUUGUUUCAGUAUUAACAGUUUUUAUUUCAGAGUCUUUGAAGCCUUUGAGUCUAGAAAAGAAAGAGUUUAUUUUUAUGUUUGACAGAAUGAUGUAUUCAUCUUGCUCCUUUUAUGUUGUUACGGUUAUUUUAGUGGACAUUAUUGCUCAAAAACCAUUGGAGAGAAACAAUUCUGUGUGAUGAUCACUGCACGCUUGUCACCACGCUCCACUGUUGUUGAUUGUUGAUGUGUUGAUUUUUCUCCCUUUCUGUUCAGAUGGCUUUCUAGAGAAACAUUUCCUUCUCCACUAUUUUUUUUAAUGCUAGAAAUAUGUAAUUUGUGCACAUUUGUAGUUUUGCCACGAGGUAUUUUUUACAAUUUUGAGUCUUCAUAUGGUGCACUGAAGUUAGUUUGAGAGUAUAAUUUAUGAGAAAUGGUGCCAUAUUUGGCAGAUGGAAAUUCUUUUUAUAUCACUUCUGUUCCUAAUGUAUAUAGCAGAAUCAUCCCAUUUUUAGGAGGAUUUUUUUUGAGAAGUUGUCUUUCAUAUGUAGACCAAAACUAAGUUGAAGAAGACAGCUUGUCUCCAUUCAUAUGAGGGCACCUUAUGCCCGUUUUGAAACGCACAUUUUUCCUGGCUCCAUCAUUUCUAAAUCAUGUGAAGAUGGGGUCACACUUUUUGUAUUGCUUCACAAUCUCAGAUCAAUGGAAAUGCCACUAUAAUUGAAUAUUUCUCUUUGAUUAAUCUUUAUUGUCAUUUUGAUAUAUUGGAGUCAAACCCAGCUUUUCAUUGAGGAAAACCCAGAUUUUUAAAGCAAAAAGUCAAUUUAGUGGCCUCUAAUUAGUAUUAUCUUACUAAUUAAAACAAAAAUCUCACACUAUACACUGAAUACAUGUGUAUCUUUACUGCUCAAUCCCUUCUUUCCAAUAGUAAGAAAUAAACAAGUGUUCACAGAAAUGAGGAAAUACGUUUUGCUUGCCCUAAAUUUUCAGAGAUGCAAGUAUCAACCUGUUAGAACAGUGAUGAUUUCAGCAGUGGGAACCUUCAGGAGGAACAGAGAGAGUAUAAAACGUUACCAGAGUUACAGCCAUAGCACCACGGAGGGCCUUUCAGAGGGAGGGCAGGAGCAGCACCCUGUAGGCCUCUGAGCUGCCCCUUUGAGGCUGCUGUUGAGGCAGCAAUGUCCCAAGGAACCAGCAGGCUGGGUGAGGAGCAAACUCACCAGCAAAGAGUCGCUCACACCGUGUCCUGACUUGGCUGCGUGGAUGGUGCAUGUGGACACCAGAAGCUGAAUGUUUGUUAAGAUAUCGAAUACUGGCAAUCAAUACAGUAAGAUGAAAUAUUUUUUAAAGGUCCUUCAGAGUAUUUACAUGCAAAAUGAAGUAGGAUGUUUAUUAUCUGGCUUGAUGAUUUGGCAACUCCAUAUUGAGACUGUCCACAAACACAACUAAUUUAAGAAACAGCAACAAGAUAAAUAAUGCUGAUAAAUAAUUAGCACUUCCUUUCUCUUUUUUUUUUUUUUUUUAAUUUGUAUACUUACAUUUUUUAACUGCCCUCCUAGCAUCCAUGUCUAUAUGCACCAAUAAAGCUAGCAGAGCUUUGGCCUGUGGUUUUGUCAUUCAGAAAAUAAUUAUAGAUGCUCCUGUUAAAUGUUAGUCAAAACUCAGUCUCCUUUAACUCCCUUGACACUGAAACCCUACUGAAGAAACACUUCAGCACCUUCAUUUGCUUUCUUUUCUGUCUUGUAAAUUAAUUUCUUUAUUAAAUUUUCAGCAGGUAGGAAUACUUUUCAAAUAAUCUUACUUGGCUUUUUUAGCCUUUGUGUUGUUCAGUAUCAUGGAAUGUUCAUUUCUUUUAAAUAACCAUGAGUGAGCAGUAGAUAAACAAUUUCAUUUGAAUGGUUAAACUACAUACAUAGAUUUGGCAUUAAUAUUUGCAUCUCAGAUUGAAUUGAAAUGAAACUUAAAAAUGUCUAGAAAAGUUGCAUGGUCAGUACAAGAAAAAAAUAAAAAAUUAGGUUUAAUAUUCCAUUAAGAAAAGCACCCUGUGAAGACUUGCAACGUGUUUGUUUUGUUCAAGAAGCAACUAUUUCUGGUGCUAGUAUAUCUUUUUCCUUUUGAUGGCAAAGCUAUAGUUUGAACUGCUAGUGUGUUGUAUCUUUUAGUGGCAUUCCUGCAGGAAGAUAUGAUUUGUUUUGUUUAGUUUGUGACAGGAAUAGUAGUUCCUCUACCAGUCUUUUCAGUUGUAGAAAUGUGUAGUGGGAUUAGUCUACACAGUUUCUAUAUCCCUGACUUUUCAGGUAUGAAUAAUCCUUGUUUCUUUGAGAGUUUUCAGUAUUUGUUUCAUAUGAAGUUUUGUAAUUAUCUGUUACUCCAGUGCAUUAAAGCCACAUUGUGCAGAAGUCCUGCUACAGAGGCCGCAAAUCUUUCAAGCACUGUAUGGAAUAUGUCUGACAUACAUGGUCUUUGUCUUCAUAUUCAUGGACUAACUAUGGGAAAGCUUUCUUUCAGGAUGCUUUGGAAAACUUUAUUUUUUCCUGAGGUAAAGCAUGAGAUGUUAAGUCACAGAACAAUGAUACAAUGUAUUUUUGAUUUCUAUUUUUAUUUAUUGCUGUCGUGAUGUCGUAUUCUGAUAGUGUAGCAAAGCAGAAUGAUACUCUUCAUCCAGCUGUUUGUAUAUUCUUUCAGUCUAUGGUGUAAGUAGUAUGAAAGAGUUUCAAAACAAUCAGAUUCAUUUAUUAGCACGUGUGUAAAGUAUGGAGUUGAAAAAGGAAUAAUUCUUAAGGCUGGUGUAUGGUGUGGACAGUUAGCUUUGGCCCCAGUGAGCAUCGCACCGUGGACAGGGUGCGUGUGCCCACGAGAGAGACAGAGCAACCCCAGGUGAGAUCAGCUGGCCUCUGGUGGGAGGGUGCUGCUUGCAGGGCUGGGGGCUGUGCCAGGAUACGUGGCUGGGAUCCUGGAUCCCACGGGGUGAGGAGGGAGGUGUCCCACUGGCCGCCCCAGAACUGGGAUGGCAAUCCUGGCUCAGCCAUGGAGGGCUCGUCCCUGGCUGUGCCCCAGCCCCAGCGAGGGCAGGGGACAGAGAGGAGCCCUCUCCUUGCAAAGCUCUUUGAGACACACGGGAGGGAGCACCCAGGUGUUACACUUUGUAAUGAGGGGAGAUUACCGCCUUCAGCAGUGGGGUUUUGCCUGACUCAGGGCUACUUCAGUAAGAACUGCAGAGAUAUUGUCAGCCUAUUUUAUUGGAAGUGAUGGAAAGGUUCAAGGCAUGCAGAGGUUGACCCUUCCCUUCAAAUUUCCUGACCUCUGCUGCUUGACCAUCUUAUAUUACAUUUUUAAAUCUCUGUAUUUUACCUAAUGAGAUUCCUAAAUUUUCACACUAAAGACUCACACAAAACACAUCUGCAAAGAUAGUGGUCAAAAGAAAGUCUAAUUUGUAGUCAUUGUAAAAAUUCUGUUUUAGUGACUGGAAUUAAAACUUAACACUGAUUUUUUUUUUCUUUUCUGCCAUGUCUUUUUAUGGAUGUCAAUGUUGCUGUAAUGUACAAAUGAAGGUUUUCUUGCACCCUCUGUUAUUAAAGUAUUUUACUUGGUGGUUGGAUUCAUUAAAUGAAGUUAGAAACAAGUGCCUGCCACCAUCAUUUCUGAAAAGGAUACUCUACAGAACAAGUGGAGUUUGUAUUUUAAAAGGGGUUUGGAGUGUUGUUUUUGUUUCAUUUUGUUUUUAAAUGCAUCCAAUUAUCAAUGCUGCUUGGAAAUUGAAUUUUCUUUGAAAGCAGGGGGCCUUAACUUAACCUGGGACCGUGUUUUAGUGUUUUACUUGUUUCUAUUUUAAAAAGAAAUUGUAUUAAUCUCCCAGAUCCCAUUGGUACUUGCACACUUCCCUGAAGUAUUAUGGAGAGUUGGGUUGGUGGAAGAAUGUUUUACAUAUUGUUAACAUAUAUGUGGAUAUUCUUAUAUUAUUGUACAUGUUUGGAAAAAUAUCACACAACUUUAAAAAUGUUGCUAAGAUGUAUGUAUCUGACUUUUUCCUUUGGAAAAUAUUAUAUAUUUUUAUUUGUAUUUUUUACUUUUUUAAGUUCAUCUAUAUGUGCUGUUAUUUUUGUAUUGCAAAUGGUCUCAUAAAUGAAGUAGAAGAGAUAAAAAUACAAAGAAAAGUAAUUUGGCAAGGAUUUCAGUGUUUGGGGGGAAAAAUACAUGGGUCAGCAUCAUAUUAUCAAUACUAGAAAUAUUUUGAGUGUCUUAGCACUGUAAAUAUGUCACAAGACCUCUUUUGAUGAGUAGUGUAAAGAAUUGCAAGGUUUUAAUCACCCAUUUUAAUUUGUUAUUAUUUACCACUUUCUUGUGGCCACUGGUCUGGACUUAAUUGAACCCGAUCAAACAGCAUGCUUUUGUUUUUAUUAUUAAAAUUUCUCCUUGUUUUUCAGUUGAAUAUUGUUUUGUUUUCUUUCAGUUUUGUACUUCAGAUUUUGUUUCUUGCUUGUGAGAAGUUGAUCUUCAGAAUUAUUUUUACACUAUUUAUGAUUUAUUUUCAUAAUGUAAAAAGUGUGUAAUUAUUAAAAUAUUAAUCCAACCAUUGGUGCUGAUUUUGAACAGCUAUAAAGUUCUUAAUGUUG